AAGAAUCCAGAAACCAAAAGAGAAAAAAAAAUCGUCAAGAAUUAGGUAUGGGUUGGGUCUGGAGAGACGACGAUUCAUCCGUUUCCGACGCCGGUAACGAUUUCACCGAUCAACCGCCACGAGAUUCCCCCGCCGAGGGCAAUUUCUCAACCACGACGGUGGUGAGAUCGAAGUGCAAGACGGAGGAGGUGGAGCCUGGAAAGUUCUUCAGGAAGUGCGAAAAAACGGAGGAGAUCCUCCGCCACUGUUUUGGCAAGCCCUCUGAAGUUGUUCAAUCCACCACAGAGCACACGGAAGAGGAUGUCACAGACCAGAUGGUGCGUGGACCUUCUCUCCCAAAUCAGUUUGAGGAAAACCCCCUGAACUUCCCGGGACUACGAAGCGACUUAGACGACAUCGAACGCCAUUUCUUUAGCGGAGUGAAGAGUUUCUUUGAAGCAGCAGAAGAGAUGAAGAGCAGCUUGUUUGAUAUCAUGGGAGAUUAUGACUCGACCGCCACCAUGGAAAGGAUACCCAUUCAAGACCAUCCCAAGAUAGACGAUGAAAAGGCCGCCACUAGACAGCCUUUCUCCUCUGGAGAAAUUGAUCUCUCGGGCUUGGCCAAGGACGUUUGAGUCAUGGUCUUCUUCUUCUUCUUUUCUUUGAUAUAUAUCAUUAAU